ACGGAGACACACAGAGACACGGAGACAAAGAGACACGGAGACACAGAGACACACAGACACACAGACACACAGAGACACGGAGACACGGAGACACGGAGACACAGAGACACACAGACACACAGACACACAGACACGGAGACACGGAGACACACAGACACGGAGACACACAGAGAGACAUAGAGACACGGAGACACAGAGACACAGACAGACACACAGAGACACGCAGAGACACGGAGACACGCAGAGACACAGAGACACACAGAGACACGGAGACACAGAGACACGCAGAGACACAGAGACACGGAGACACAGAGACACGGAGAGACAGAGACACACAGAGACACGGAGACACAGAGACACGCAGAGACACGACGGAUCCAUUCAGCUCAUGACUGUGGACACUGACACAGAAGGUCGAUGUUGGGUCGUGGCGUUAAGAGGAAGUGGAGUUGCGUGGAGGAGCUGGAGGUCGACGUCCUGCCUGCAGCCGCUGCAGAGAAGGUGAAGGAUGAGGAGCAAGACGAAGGCACGUUCCUGGUGGGUCCGUCCAGAUUGGACACGAGCCACCUGCAGCAGCGUCAGCUGGUGCUCAGCCUGUGUUUGGAGAAGCUGCGGGGGUACCAGGCGGGGGUGGAGCUUAGCCUGCGGCGCUCCGUCCUGCUCAUCAACAUGCUCAGAGAGAUCCAGGAGGACAUGCAGAGUGACGGGGCGGGAACUUGCACGCCGGACGUGCUCCUCCACCCGGAUUCCUGUGUUCUCAGGGACACCUUCAGGGAGGACAUCUCGGUGACAUGUCCCGGGUGUGCAGAGGAUGACAAGGACAGCCUGUCUCCCCUGCCGUCCCCGAAGCUCCCGUCUCAGGAGACGAAUAUCUUGCCUGACCAGCAGAAGCCUCUCCCCUCAGCGGCAGUCAGUACUUUCAGUGAUGCAGUCAACGCCAUGGGCUACCUCAGCGACCUCGCCCUGGAUGACAUCUUCGAGGACAUUGACACGUCCAUGUACGAGACGUCAGACCUGCCCUCAGCCUGGGUGGCAGGCUCACUGUGGCCCGUCAGCGUGUCGCUGUGGGCAGAUGAUGACGUAAAACUGCUCUCUCCCAGCCACGCCUCAGCUGAGAAUCUCCAGUUCUGCCUGAUGGACCUGAAUGAGCUGGACCACAUCAUGGAGGUCCUGGUGAAGUCCUGAUCCGACUCUUGCACGUUUGCUGCGCCUGAUCAAAGACUCUGAUGACAGCGGAGGAGGCGGGGAUCAUGGACCGAUACUAGAAUCCUGGACUUUGAGACUCCGUCUGAUGAACUUCCUGAUCACAGAGCUCACGUGUGAGGAACCGUCAAACAUCUGAACUUAUUUAUUCAUGAAGGUGUGCCUCAAACCGAACUCUGAAUAUUUAUUAUGAUAAAGAACCAUUUGUAAAACGUCCUGAUUCUGGUCGUUUGAACUCAGGUUGACAAAAAACGGCAGGUACAGAUUUUUAUACAAAACAGCUUCACUCUGAAACUUUACUGUUGAUAUUUAACAAGGCAGAGAGAGACCGGUCUCUACGGCCUCAAGUCUCAGAUUUCUGUGCCCUCAGGUCUCAGAGCUCUGCGGCCUCAGAGUCAGCCUAAGUUGAAGCAACAUGUCUGAGUGAGUCCACAGCUGAGGAGGAGAAGGAGGAACCUGAUCCGCCAGUGUGUGUGCAUCAGUUGGACUGUUGGAUAAGACUUGGUUGAUUAUUAAUUGAAUCCCUUUAGUCAAUCAAUCAAUCAAUUUUAUUUAUAAAGCCCAAUAUCACAAAUCACAAUUUGCCUCACAGGGCUUUACAGCAUACGACAUUCCUCUGUCCUUAUGACCCUCACAGCUGAUCAGGAAAAACUCCCCAAAAAACCCUUUAACGGGGAAAAAACGGUAGAAACCUCAGGAAGAGCAACUGAGGAGGGAUCCCUCUUCCAGGACGGACAGACGUGCAAUAGAUGUCGUACAGAACAGAUCAGCAUGAUAAAUUAACAGUAAUCCACAUGACACAAUGAGACAGAGAGAGAGAGAGAGAGAGAGAGAGAGAGAGAGAGAGAGAGAUGCAGGUAAUGACAGUAGCUUACAACAAUUAUUGAAAGUAAUAAUAUUAUAGUUAUAGUUCUGGCUACUGUGGUACAAUAUGUUGAAAGUAUGUAUUAAUAUCUGGCAGUAUACAUGUGUGACAAUAGUCAUAUGUGUAUAAUAACAGUAGAAGUAUGACUAAUGACUAAUGAUGGCAGCAGCAGCAGCAGGAGGCAUCUGGCAGGACCACGGCAGCAGCACAACCACACACGUCACGCUGUCCAGGCACCGCUGUGAUAUGAGUUAAUCUGAGAGACAGUGGAGCACAAAGGCUCCGGAGAAGAAGCCGAGUUAGUGACAUCCAGAAUGGCCGAGUUAGCAAGAUGCAGUAAUAGGAUACGAGAGAGAGAGAGAGAGAGAGAGAGAGAGAGAGAGAGAGACAGAGACAGAGAGAGAGAGAGAGAGAAGGAGAGAAGGUGCCCGGUGUAUUAUAGGGGGGUCCUCCGGCAGACUAGGCCUAAGUCAGCCUAACUAGGGGCUGGUACAGGGCAAGCCUGAGCCAGCCCUAACUAUAAGCUUUAUCAAAGAGGAAAGUCUUAAGUCUAGUCUUAAAUGUGGAGACGGUGUCUGCCUCCCGGACCGUAACAGGAAGAUGAUUCCACAGGAGAGGAGCCUGAUAGCUGAAGGCUCUGGCUCCUGAUCUACUUUUGGAGACUUUAGGGACCACGAGUAACCCUGCGUUCUCAGAGCGCAGUGUUCUGGUGGGAUAAUAUGGCACUAUGAGCUCUCUAAGAUAUGACGGAGCUUGACCAUUUAGAGCUUUAUAAGUUAACAGUAGGAUUUUAAAUUCAAUUCUGGAUUUUACCGGGAGCCAGUGCAGAGAAGCUAAAACAGGAGAAAUAUGAUCUCGUUUCUUAGUUCCUGUUAGUACACGUGCUGCUGCAUUCUGAAUUAACUGGAGAGUUUUUAAGGACUUACUAGAGCUACCUGAUAAUAGAGAGUUACAGUAAUCCAGCCUUGAGGUAACAAAAGCGUGGACCAGUUUUUCUGCAUCUUUUCGGGUCAGGAUAGGCCUAAUUUUCACAAUAUUACGCAGAUGAAAAAAUGCAGUCCGUGAGGUUUGUUUUAAAUGAGAAUUAAAAGACAAAUCUUGAUCAAAUAUCACUCCGAGGUUUCUUACGGUAGUGCUAGAGGCCAGAGCAAUGCCAUCUAGAGAAACUAUGUCAUCAGAUAAAGAGUCUCUGAGUUGUUUGGGGCCAAGAACAAUAACUUCAGUUUUGUCUGAAUUUAACAUCAGGAAAUUGGUGCUCAUCCAAGUUUUUAUGUCUUUAAGGCAGUUAUGGAGUUUAGUUAAUUGAUUACUUUCUUCUGGCUUCAUAGAUAAAUACAACUGAGUAUCAUCCGCAUAACAAUGGAAAUUUACACAGUGAUUUCUAAUGAUGUUACCUAAAGGAAGCAUAUAUACAGUAAAUAGGAUUGGUCCGAGCACAGAACCUUGUGGAACUCCAAGACAAACUUUAGUACGUAAGGAUGAUUCAUUAUGAACGUGAACAAACUGAAAACGAUCAGAUAAAUAAGAUUUAAACCAGCUCAGUGCAGAACCUUUUAGGCCAAUUAAGUGAUCCAGUCUCUGCAGUAGAAUUUGAUGGUCAAUUGUGUCAAACGCCGCACUAAGAUCUAAUAAAACAAGUACAGAGACGAGUCCUUUGUCUGAAGCAAUCAGAAGGUCAUUUGUAAUUUUAACUAGUGCUGUCUCAGUGCUAUGAUGCACUCUAAAUCCUGACUGAAAUUCCUCAAAUAAAUUAUUAUCAUGGAGAAAAUCACACAGCUGGUCUGCGACUACUUUCUCAAGGAUCUUUGACAUAAAGGGAAGAUUAGAUGUUGGUCUAUAGUUGGCUAACACCUCUGGAUUCAGGGUGGGCUUUUUUAGGAGAGGUUUAAUUACAGCUACCUUAAAAGACUGUGGUACAUAGCCUGCUAAUAAGGAUAUAUUGAUCAUAUCUAAUAUAUGAGUGUUAACUAAAGGAAAGACCUCC